AAAACGAGUGAAAUUAAUCGAUUAAAGCGUCGCCGACUGCGAGUCAAACUACCUCCGGCAGGAAUAUGGAUGACGACGUGCUGACGACGCUGAAACUGUUGAUAAUUGGCGAAAGCGGAGUCGGGAAGUCGAGUCUCCUCCUGAGGUUCACAGAUGAUACUUUUGACCCAGAGCAGUCAGCGACAAUAGGUGUGGAUUUCAAAGUAAAGACACUCGCAAUAGAUGGAAACAAAGCCAAACUCGCCAUCUGGGACACAGCCGGACAGGAAAGAUUUCGCACCCUGACACCCAGCUACUACCGCGGUGCACAGGGAGUCAUUCUGGUGUAUGACGUGACAAAGCGCGACACUUUUACGAAGCUUGAAAACUGGCUGAAUGAGCUGGAAACCUACACAACACGCAACGACAUUGUGAAAAUGCUCGUUGGGAACAAAAUUGAUCGGGAUGACCAUGAAGUGGACAGAAACGAGGGGCUGAAGUUUGCGAGGAAACACUCCAUGCUUUUUAUUGAGGCCAGUGCAAAGACCAAAGACGGCGUCCAGUGUGCCUUUGAGGAGCUCGUGGAGAAGAUCCUGCAGACUCCGGGGCUCUGGGAGAGCGAAAACCAGGGUCAGAGUGUCCGUCUGGGGGCGCAGGAGCAGGGCAGCGGCAGGGCGUGUGGCGGAUACUGUUCCAUACCCUGAAACCGGACAGACGGGAACCUGAUAGGAGCGACUACGGACCAGAAACAGUGAGAGAGAGAGAGAGAGGUGGAGCUGGAUGAGUACUUUUUUAAAAAAAGGUAAAUGUUGGAGUAGUACUGCGGGUCGAAAGGACUUUGCUGUUUGCACACUUCCUUUCCAACCAUCAUCUGUCACUACUUUCUGUUAAAAACAUAAAUGGAAGGAUCAUGCAAAAAUAGCCUCUUGCCUAAGGAAGUAUAGUGUUUUUAAUUGACAGAACCGCGCCAAGUGUACGCUGCGUCAUACGCGUACGUCUGGUUUCAAUUUCUCUUAUUGGCAGCAGUGAUUCUGUUGUACAUUAAGACAUCAGGUGAAUAGCGUAGUGCCUAU